AUGAGUUCCACAGAAGAAAUAGAAGAAGAUCAACAACAACAACAACAACCAAUUCAAGAUCCAAACUCUAAUGGAGAAGGUAACAUUUUAAAAAAAUCAAAUUCAAAGAAAUCCAAGGAAAAAAAGGAAACUUUGACAGAUAGAAAUACUAGAUUAAAUGCUGAAUUAUAUCAUCAAAGUGAUGAUUCUAUACAAUUAUAUAAACAACAAAAUAAUUCAACUGAUUUAUUAGGUAGAUUAUAUUAUGAUGAUUAUGAUUCAAAUAACAGCAAUAACAACGGAAUAUUAUCGCCUGACAUCUCAAGUCCGGUUAGUUCUAACAAUGGCACACCUAUCAUUUCACCUGUAAAUAGUGAUGAUGAAAAUACUUUCCAUUUUGGCUCACCUUUAACUACUGGCACAAAUCCACCUAGAAUAUCAAACUCGUCAUCUUCACCAAGUUUAUUAACUUUAAAUACCACAAAUAACUACCCAAAUAGCAUUGAUAGUAUAAAUAAUUCUUCAUUAACAAAUUCAAAUAGUACAAAUUCCAACAAGAUAAAACCAAGUUUAUCAAGAGGUGUAUCUUUCGAUACAACACCACAUGGAACUAAAAAAUCAUUAACUUUAAAAUUUAAACAUCCAGAUUUUAAAUUUAGAAGAAAUAAUAAAACUUGGUUAGUCGGAUUUAACAACGACUUGGAGAGUACAAAAGCUAUAGAAUGGUUAUUCGACGAAAUGAUUAUUAAUGGAGAUACGAUUAUUAUACUACAAGUAUUAGAUGAGAAAAAAGCUCAAAAUAUAGAUAAAGCUCAAGCCAAUUACAACUUGAAAAUUUUUGAAAAAUUAAAUGUUCACUUCAAAAAGAUCUCUCUCAUAUUUGAAAUAGUCAUUGGAAAACCAUUAAAAUUAUUAAAAAACGCAAUUUCAGAAUAUACACCAUCAAUGAUGAUUAUAGGAACUCAUCAUUAUAACGACGCCAAAGAAAAUCACAACCACAACCAUGGGUAUAUGUCAUUUUUAAGUAAAUCAUCGCUAUCAAAACAUUUCUUAGAAUGUGCAUUAGUACCAGUUAUUAUAGUAAAGCCCACAUAUAAUUACAUAGAAACCUUAAAAGAUCCAAUAGAUUCAGAAGAUUAUUUUAUUAAUUGGAUUAAAAAAAUUCCAAUGGAUGAAUCACCAUAUAAUAAAAAGGAAAAACCUAAAAAAUCAAAUGGUGGUGGAUUUUUAAGUCCAACAACAUCAAGAAAUUCUUCAUAUACUAACUUAAUAAAUGAAGAAAGAGGUAGAUCAAAUCAUGCACAAGAUCCUCAAUUUUUGAGAUUAACAAAUGAAAGUAGAUCAAGAUCUUCCUCAAAAACAAGAUCUUUUAGUAGAUUUUUUAGAAAACAUCAUCAUGAUGAAUAA